AUGGAAACUUUGUCACUCCUGCCAAUGCUCCUACUUGCCCUUGCUUUGAUGGCAGGUCUAAUUCACAAUAGCUAUGCCCAGAUGGUGGAUUGCUUAAAAUCUGAUAGAGAAGCUCUUGUUGACUUCAAAAGUGGUCUUAAGGAUCCUGAGAAUUGGCUCUCGUCAUGGCAGGGAAAUAAUUGUUGUCAAUGGUGGGGAAUAUAUUGUGAUAAUAGUACAUCAGCUGUUAUUACCGUUGAUCUUCACAACCCAUACAAGUACGAGGUAGGGGGAUUGAGUGGGGAGAUUAGACCUUCAUUGACAAAACUGAAGUCCUUGAGACAUUUGGAUUUGAGUUCUAAUUCAUUUAAUGGGAUUCCAAUUCCCAUAUUCUUUCAUUCUUUGGAGAAAUUGCAGUAUCUAAAUCUUGCAAGUGCAGGUUUUAGCGGCAAAAUUCCUCAAAAUUUGGGAAACAUUUCUACUUUACAGUAUUUUAAUGUCUCUUCUGAUUCUUGUUGUUUAACUGUGGACAGUCUUGAAUGGAUGACUAGUCUUUCCUCUUUAAAAUAUCUGGCACUAAAUGGAGUUGACCUGUCAAUGGUAGGAUCAGAUUGGAUUUUAGCACUGAACAUGCUUCCACAUUUAAGUGAUGUCCAUUUAUCUUUUUGUAACCUACACGGUUCCGUUUCUUUUCAUGGUUUUCUUAAUUUUAGCUCCAUUGCUGUUAUUGACCUUAGUGACAAUGAUUUCAACUCCACCCUGCCCAAUUGGGUUCCUAACAUUAGUAUGCUUCAAUUCUUUGAUGCCCGCAACAGCUUUUUCAAUGGAGGUAUUCCAAUUGGUUAUAGUGACCUUCCAAAUUUGAGGUUCUUGUAUCUUUCUGGGAACAGUGUUAAAGCCAACAUUUAUCAAGUAUUGAAGGGAAGUUGGGAAAAGAUUGAAGUUUUUGAUUUAGAUUUUUGUUCUUUAUAUGGUGAGUUACCUAGCUUCGUUGGAAACUUGACAUCCCUGACUCAUCUUUCCCUGCCUUUCAAUAACAUCAACGGUCAAAUUCCAAGAUCAAUAGGUAAACUUUGCAAUCUGAAAUAUCUUGAUUUAUCAUAUAAUUAUUUGACAGGAAGUUUGCCUGAAGUUCUUGGACAAACACAAUUUUGCCUUCCCAAAAGUUCCUUCUCUAGUUUGCAGUACUUAAAUUUGCGUUGCAAUGAAUUCGUAGGUGAAUUACCAAAUUGGUUGGGUGAGCUUCACAAUCUUGUUGAACUCAUUUUGGAUUUCAACUCAUUUAACGGUUCUAUCCCUACUUCUAUUGGAGGUUUGAAACACUUGACUACUGUUUCACUCAGCAGGAAUGCACUAAAUGAAACUCUUCCGUAUAGUUUAGGACAACUCUCGAACUUGUCUUUCUUUGAUGUCUCUUAUAAUCAUUUGAGCGGAUCUCUCCCAACUAAUCUUGGCCAACUUUCUGAGUUGUCUUUCCUAGAUGUCUCUUCCAAUCAUCUUUCUGGUAUUCUAUCCAAAUCUCAUUUUUCGAUGUUAAAAGAAUUGCAGACUUUGAGUUUGUCUGCCAAUUCUUUAAUUCUCAAACUGGAUUCAAAUUGGGUUCCUCCCUUUCAAGUUCGUUAUCUUUUUAUGGGUUCAUGCAAGUUGGGUCCUUCAUUUCCAGCAUGGCUUAAAUCACAAAGAAACAUUGGUUUUCUUGAUUUCUCAAAUGCUAGUAUUUCAGAUUCCAUACCGAACUGGUUUUGGAGUAUUUCUAGCAAUAUAGUCUUCUUAAAUUUUUCUUUCAACCAACUGCAAGGUUCUCUACCAAAUCCCUUCAAUAUAUAUCCUCUUGCAAGUAUUGAUUUGAAAUAUAACCUCCUUGAAGGAGCUCUUCCUAUUCCAAAUGUUAGGAUUAAAGCCUUAGAUCUUUCCAAUAAUAAAUUUUCAGGUCCUAUACCAAAAUCCAUAAGCAACCUCACUCGAUUCUUGAACCACCUUUCACUUGCAAGCAACAAACUUAUUGGUGAAAUCCCAACCAGUAUAGGGGAAGGACUUUUUGGAUUGGUAAUUCUUGAUCUUUCAAAAAACAAUUUAUCGGGAAACAUUCCAACAAAUAUUGGGAAUUGUUAUCUGCUACAAGUCUUAGACCUUCAAUGCAACAACUUGUCUGGGGUGAUUCCUGAGUCUCUUGGUGAACUAAAAUUCCUUCGAACUAUACACCUGCGCAACAACCUGAUUUCUGGAAAACUCCCAUUGUCUUUCCGAAAUUUGUCAUUCUUGGAGACUAUAGACCUUGGAAAUAACAGAUUGACAGGUGUUAUACCAUCAUGGACUGGAAAUGGUUUUAAGGAUCUUAAAAUUCUUAGAUUAAGAUCAAAUUCAUUUUUUGGAGAGCUUCCAUCUACACUUGCAAAUUUGAGUUCUCUACAAGUACUUGACCUCGCAGAAAAUAAGUUGGAUGGUAUUAUUCCUGCUAAUUUUGGCAAUUUUGAAGCCAUGACUCAUGUGCAGAACAUUAAUUAUAAUUCACCUUAUGCGAUUUUGCCAGGUUUCUACUAUCAGGAAAAUAUAUUUGUGACUAUAAAAGGUCAGUCUUUCGAAUACACCAAGACUCUUUCCCUUUUAACUUGCAUAGACCUUUCAGGAAACAAUUUGAAAGGCGAGUUUCCUAUUGUAAUAUCAAAUUUGGUAGGCUUAGUGGUUUUGAACUUGUCAAGAAAUCACAUCAGCGGUCAAAUUCCUCAUAGCAUUUCAGAAUUGCGUCAACUGGCUUCUUUUGAUCUGUCAAGAAAUAUGCUUUCAGGUCCAAUUCCUGAAAGCAUGUCUUUACUAUCAUUCUUGGGAUACUUGAACUUAUCAGACAACAAUUUUUCAGGUAGAAUCCCUUUUGUUGGGCACUUGACAACUUUUGAGGCAUCUUCCUUUUCUGGAAAUCCUAGUCUUUGUGGGGCUCCCCUUGAAGUUGAAUGUCCUGGUGAUAAUUCAAGAAAUACAGGAACUACUGAUGAGAAUGACUUUGGCAGUGUUGAUGACAAGUGGUUUUAUUUGGUAAUUGCGUUGGGAUUUGCAGCUGGUUUAUUGGUUCCUUUUUUCAUUUUGGCAAUCAAAAGAACUUGGAGUGAUGCUUAUUUUGGAUUUGCAGAUACAGUUGCGGACAGAUUAUUAACUUGGGCAUGCAAAACCAGGAUGAGUUUGAGGAAUUUUGGUUUCUGUUUGUAGCUUUUAUUUAUUUUUUAUUUUUUUUCUCUCUGUUUAACAUUGUAGUUUACAAGUACGAGAAAGUAGCAUUCUCAAGGAUUGACCAAUUUCUCAAUGUUUUUU